AUGAAGUGCUUAAUUUUAGAAUAAUUUGGUUAGCCUGUUGCUUUUAAAUAAGCAGAUAUACCUUAGCCAGGUUAAGGAGAAGUUUUAAUCUAAGUUGAAUCAUCUCCUAUAAAUCCUUCUGACUUAAUUUUCAUGAGUGGUAAAUAUCUUAAUUCAGCAUUAAAGCCUCCUUGCAUUCCUGGAUUUGAAGGAUCUGGCCUUGUAGUUAAAAGCGGUGGUGGAGAAGAAGCUGAUAGUUUAUUAAAUAAAAGAAUUGCAUUCUUUCGCUGCAGAGGUGCUUAUGCCUAAUAUACUGUAGCUAAUACUCAGACUUGUUUGCUUAUUGAUGAUGAUGUUACGUUUAAUUAAGCCGCUUCUUCAUUUAUUAAUCCUUUAACUGUUGUAGGCAUGCUUGAAGUUGUAAAGGAAGCUAAAGUAAAAACAGUAGUUCAUUCUGCAGCUGCAUCUGCAUUAGGAAGAAUGAUGGUCAGAUAUUUUAAGAACAAUGGUAUUGAAGUUAUAAAUAUAGUUAGAAGAUAAGAAUAAGUAGAAAUACUUAAGCAAUAAGGAGCUACUAUAAUCCUCAACUAAAGUGAUUAGGAUUUCCUACCCUAACUAAAGAAAAUAACAACUGAAUUAAAUGCUACUAUUUUCUUUGAUGCAAUAGCAGGAUCUUUCACUGGUGAAGUUCUUUCCUAAAUGCCAAAUAACUCUACAGCAUAUGUUUAUGGUCUUCUUUGUGGGCAAGACUCUUCUGUUUCACCAACUGAAUUAAUUUUUAGAAAUCAAACUGUAAAAGGAUUUUUAUUGGGUAAUUGGUUAUAAUCAAUAAGCCCUGAGCUUAAAAAAUAAUCUUUAGAAAAACUCCAGAAAUUAAUUAAGACUGAUUUAAAAUCAGAAAUAUCAAAAGAAUAUUCUCUUCAAGACGGAUAGUAAGCUAUUGAGUAUUAUUCUAAAAAUAUGUCUUAAGGAAAGGUUUUAAUCAAGCCUUAAUAGUGA